AUAAAGUCAACGUGUAUUCCUGUCUUGCGUGGAAUUCGUGUAGACUGUAGAAUAGAAUUUCAGUACGUGAAGAUAAAACUGUGGUUCUGAAAUGUAUAGAAGUGAUUAAUUGAUAUAUUACUAUAUCAUUGCCGAAAGUUAACCUUAAUCCUAAUGAAAAAUUAAAUUAUAAGCUUGCAUAUUAUAAUCAUGGUCCUGUUAGGAAAUGAUGAGUUUCUGAUGGAGCUAUCAAAAUUAUUUCAAAAAGCCAGAGCAUCUGGAUCAGUCACAAUGACUAUGAAAAGAUAUGAUGGUAGAACUAAACCCGAGCCACGAGAUGGAACUCCAGUUGUUAAGAAUCCAGAAUUUAAGUGUCUGGUCAGAGCACAGUCAAGGAGCAAGAAAAUAUCAACAGUUAUAGAGCAGCGGGAUGUUGAAAAAUUUACUACUGCAUAUUCAAACCUUCUAAAAACUAGUGUUAAUGGGUUAAAACGUUUAAAGAAGCCUAAGAAAAAAGCAAUGGCGGCGCAAUAAAUAACCAUAUAGUAGUGUCAAGAGACUGAAGCAAUAGUGAUGUGUAAAUGAACUUAUUGUGGAUGUGCCACUGUUUAUGCCAUACAAGUUGGCUGAGGUCCAUUGAAGUGUGCUUUUCUCUCUGUGAGAUGAAGAGUUGGAGUCUUGCCUGUAUGGCUGGUGACUGUGGUGCUUAAGUCACUGACCAUCUGUCCUUUCUCCUGAUUUAUAUAUUAAAGUUUUUAACAUUUAUCAAAUAAAUACUGCUGGUUCUCAAUUUCUCUGUCAUUUUUAAUGUAAUUUUAAUAUACCUUAUAUAUUUUUAAGGGAAAAGUUUCUGGGGCUUUAUGUCACAAUAGAUUUUAUUUGUAAAAUAAGGUUUAUUAUGUAUUUAUUAAACAGUUUAUUGAAAUUGCAUUUAAAAUAACAAUUAUAAGA